AUGGUCAAAUUAUUUGGAGACCCUCUUACGGACAAGGCCCCUCCAGGUUUGUACGCCCAGGUGCCACACGAGCAAGCGCCCGUUGGAUGCAAUUUAUCUACCCCAAUUCAGACAAACAACACAUUCAACAACAUGCUUCUAGGGGACCAGACAUUCCCGAUUUGGCCUCUUCCAUACCUGGUGUGGGUCACUCGGGAUGGGGGUGUGGAUGCCGGAAUAGCAUUGAACCACACUCAAAAUAGCCAAAUCGUUUGUGGGCCUGAUCCGGUGCAAAAUCCGACACAGUUCUACUUCAACCCGCCCAAAAUCAAGCUGUUUGCGUUCACAGCAUCUGACUGGGCUGAUGUAGACGUAAAUAUCGCGCGGAAUUCGAAACUAGCGACUGUUCUACAUGUAUCUGGAAAAUCCCGUGACCCCAGGACUUCCCGUUUGGUGGUGCCCUUAGUAUAUGGCAUGGGAUUUGUCACGGGCAUUUACGAGAAUGAGUGGCCAGUGAUAAAUUCUGCUGUUGGGAUACAAGAAUUCCGUAAAGUGGGGAUCGUAAAUAAACACCGUGCUGCCAAGUACUAUGUGAAGUUAUUUGACCAGGUCGUAUGGUCAUUGUACAUCAGUGUUAAUGGCGGAGCUGAGUUCACUUUAUCAGAUCCACACCACAUAAGGGCAGACCGCCCCGUAACCAAGUGUGUGGUUCAGUUGGCAAGAGGGGAGACGGCCAUUUAUGACACUUGUUGUCAAAGAUAUCCUGUCGAUGUGAUUCUUUCGGGGGAAGUUGAUAAAUCACUGAAAACUGGGUACUAUGCGCUAAACUAUCAAAUGGAAGGUGAAUCUCAGUCUGGCUCAGGAUUAGUCUUUGUGCUCCCGCAUAUGCAAGAGGAGUUGGCGCCGGAGAUACGUUCCAAGUUUUCAGGCUUGAUCUUGGACUCACCCACGAAAGGAGUGAUGAGAGGAUAUGUCUCCGAUGUGAUUGCCAUGAACCUCAAUAAUCUCCCAUUUGAUAUUGGGUUUAAGCCUUGGACUGGGGUACAGGGGUAUUUCUAUAGCGGGGCAAAUUACACCGAUGAAAUCAAGAGCUUGAUCACGUCUGUUGCGGCGAAUGAGGCCAGUCAAGACGUGACAGGCAUGUGCGACUUGGACUCAAUGUACUUUGCUGGCAAAAUGUUGGAUAAGUUUGCCCAAAUUGCGUAUGUGGCACAUUUCAUCGUUAGGAGCUCGGAUGUCACUCUGAAAAUUUUGCCCCAAAUCAAAGCUGCAAUUGAGAAAUUCGCUGCAAACCAUCAAAAAAAACCAUUGGUGUAUGAUGUGUCUUGGAAAGGGCUCAUUUCCUCAGGUGGUCCAGAUGAGGAUUUUGGAAACUCGAACUACAAUGACCAUCAUUUUCAUUAUGGAUAUCACGUACAUGCAAUUGCGUUAGUGGCCAUCAUUGAUCCUCGAUGGCUCGACGAAAACGGGGGCCUUAUAAGAAACUACGCGGUGACGCUUGUGCGGGAUUAUGCUAAUUUUUCGAACCGGGACCCGUUUUUUCCGCAAACCCGAAAUUUCGACUGGUUCCAUGGCCACUCAUUUGCGCAUGGUAUAUUUCCCAGUGGCGAUGGGAAAAACGAGGAGUCUUCUUCGGAAGAUUAUCACUCCAUACAUGCUUUGCAGCUUUUGGGUAAGGUCUUGGGCAAUGAUGAACUAGAGGCCCAUGCUUGCUUGAUGUUGCGUAUCAUGAAAACCUCGCUUAAUAUGUAUAUGCUCUUCAAGGACGACAACCAGCAGCAACCCGUGAAUUUCAGAGGAAACAAAGUGUCCGGCAUUUUGUUUGAAAAUAAGGUUGACUUCGCCACGUUCUUUGGGCGUGGAACUGUUGGGGAUGAGUUCAUACAUGGAAUCCACAUGAUUCCAAUCACACCGGUCUCAUCAUACAUACGUGAUCCUAUUUUUGUAAGGGAGGAGUGGCAAGAAAAAUUAGCAGGCAUAGUGGACAGAAUCCCGGAUGGCUGGCAAGGCUUACUCAGGCUCAACCAGGGUCUUUUUGAUCCACCGACAGCAUGGAAAUGGUUUGCCAGAUCUGACUGGAAUCCGGCUUUGAUCGAUGGUGGUAUGUCCCGGACCUGGUCAUUGGCAUAUCUUGCCGGAAUUGGCGCCGCACAGUAA